AAGAAGAAGAAGAAGAAGAAGACGAAGAAGAAGAAGAAGACCAAGUCGAUGGUCACGAUGAAGAGGAAGAUGAUGAUGGUUUACCGUACCCGGGUUUCAUACCCGUCACGCUCGGCUUCAUGACUCAAUACAGCCAGCCAAGAAACCUAUGUUUACGGAUGAUCACCAAUCCGUGGUUCGAGAGGAUCAGCAUGGCCGUCAUCUUUUUCAACUGCGUCACGUUGGGCAUGUACCAGCCCUGUAUCGACCAGGUCUGCAACACCAAUCGAUGCCGCAUCCUCCAGAUGCUGGAUGAUUUCAUAUUUGCCUUCUUCGCCCUGGAGAUGUCCAUCAAAAUGAUCGCCAUGGGUGUUUACGGUAAAGGAACUUACCUGGCCGAAACGUGGAACAGGCUCGAUUGUUUUAUCGUCAUCGCCGGAGCGGUGGAAUAUUGCUUGGAUAUGGAGAACAUGAAUUUAUCCGCCAUCCGGACCAUCCGAGUUUUGCGGCCACUAAGAGCUAUCAACCGAAUACCCAGCAUGAGGAUAUUGGUGAUGCUGUUACUGGAUACAUUACCCAUGCUUGGCAAUGUUCUGUUGCUCUGCUUUUUCGUCUUUUUCAUUUUCGGCAUCGUCGGUGUCCAGCUCUGGGCUGGUAUUCUUCGUCAGAGGUGCUACCUUGAUCUACCGAAGGGCAUUGUCCCACCAGCCACAUUCACGACCAUCGACCGAACUCUGCCCAUCUUUUACAAACCCAAGACCCACUACAGGCCUCUGUCCAGCUAUUAUAAAGUGCAAGAGACGGAGAAGGACUACAUUUGUUCCCUGGCCAAAGACAGUGGGAUGCAUACAUGCGCCUCGCUGCCUCACACCAAAUCUGACGGACGAGUGUGCAAUGACAGCGUCGUGCCUGGCAUACCCGUUGGAAUGGACGGUCUCUCAGUCAACGGCUCUUGUAUCAAUUGGAAUCAAUACUACACCGAUUGUAGAGCUGGUGAAAAGAAUCCUUUCCAGGGAGCCAUAUCCUUUGAUAACAUCGGUUUGGCUUGGGUUGCCAUCUUUCUAGUCAUUAGUCUUGAAGGAUGGACCGACAUCAUGUACUACGUCCAGGAUGCCCACUCUUUCUGGGACUGGGUUUACUUUGUCCUCCUUAUUGUGAUCGGCUCGUUCUUCAUGAUCAACCUGUGCCUGGUGGUAAUAGCCACGCAGUUCUCCGAGACGAAGAAGCGGGAAAUGGAGCGGAUGCGUCUGGAACGGGCGCGCUACCAAUCGACGUCCACAUUGGCCAGCACGUCGGCCAGCGAGUCAACUUCAUGCUACCGGCAGAUCAUCAAGUACAUUGCACAUUUGUGGCGGAGGAGCAAGCGACGUAUACUCAGACGAUACAGAGCCUACCGCAGCCGGAAGAAGCUGCAGCAACAGCAACAACAGCUGGAUCACCCACAAUACGGCAAACAACAAUCAGCGACGCAUUCGCUCAGUUUAAGGACGCGGAGGAAACAGCAACGGCGCAGGAAGAGGAGGAGGAGGCGGAGCAGGCAUCCGCAUCCUGAAUGCCCUAAACAUGGCGCCCAACAACAGGAGCAACAACAACAACAUCAAUUGCAGAGAAAUAGCCAAUGUUCUAGCAGCUAUCGAGUACCGUCCGUAAGUUCACAGGUAGCGUUGAGAAUCAAUGAUGGGCCGGCUUCGCCUCUCGAUUCGCCCGUCCCCAUACUCUCAAAUGCUCGGCGCGCCAGCGUUGCCGUCUCCAUCGACCAUCACCAUCAGCGAUCCUCUCCAUUCCUCUCGCCCAGAGGAUCUUUGGCAAUGGCCGAUGAUUCGUCAGAUUCGUCGCAGUUGUUGACGCCAAGGACGCCUAGGCGUCGCCGAAGUAGUGUUAUGUUUAGUGACGUUGUCGUCGCUCACGGCAUGAGUAACAGUGCGGCCGAUGUCAAUGUCUGCUGGAGCGAGAAGAUCACCCAGACGGGCGGUUUCACUACGGAAUCGGUUGCAUCCGCCGGAAGUGAAUCUCGUCAGCCACAUCAUCAGACAUCUGGUUCGUCUAAUCCGUCGUCACCGCUGUCGUUCAAUCGCAAAUCGUCAUUGAGGCAACGAGUCACAUCCAACCAGACGACCGACGAACUACGGCCCAGUUGUUCAGCCCCGGGUCCAGGAUCCGCUACGACAUCUGGUAGCGUUGCAGCGACGUCCACCUUGACACAAGUCCCAAAUGGAGCUGGUCUAACCUGUCAAGAAUUGCUGGCUCUUAGUGGAGCCCUUGGGGCAGCGCUGCCCACUCCUUUAGCGUUGCCCAACUAUCCGUCGGAUGAGCCGAAAACUGCGGUAAUGGUUGUUGCGCCGGUCACGGCCAAACAUAGCAACAACCAUAAAUGCAAUAACCAGUUAUUGGCACCGCCGGGCAUGAUGCCCAUCUUACCAACUCUGGCCAUGUCUCUUUGGCCGGAACCGUUUCAAGACCCUGGACGUAGCGGCGACGAUCAUUGGACAACGAUCCCGUGCGUGAACAACAGGAAGCCGGCAGAGACGGCAGAGACGGCAGUUGACGUGGAGACGGACAAUGAAGACGAUAGGAAUUGCAUUUGCUGCUCAUCGGACGACGAGGAAUAUUCAGCGUCCGAUGAAGAGGCCGGUUCGGAAGAUCAAAAUGAAGACUAUUACGAAGAAGAUGAAGAACAACGAGGAGCAUCCGUCGAAGUGUUUGAGCAUCGUCGUUCGCCCUUGUCUCGCUAUUGGUCGCUCGUCAAGGAAUAUUAUAAAACGUUCCAGCGGAGUGUCAAAGCCCUCGUCGAGCACAAGUACUUCCAGCAGGGACUUUUGGGAGCCAUUCUCAUCAAUACGCUCAGCAUGGGCAUCGAAUAUCACAACCAGCCAGAAGAACUGACGCUGACAGUCGAAUUUAGCAACAUCGUUUUCUCAGCCAUUUUCGCCAUUGAGAUGCUGCUCAAAGUGAUCGCCGAAGGUCCGCUCAACUACAUCGGCAACGGUUUCAACGUCUUUGACGGUGUUAUCGUCAUUCUCAGUUUGGUGGAAGUGUUUCAGAGCUUGAAUCGCUUCGAAGGGGAUGACGGUGGCAGUUCGGGCCUUUCGGUUUUGAGGACGUUUCGUCUUUUGCGCAUCUUGAAAUUAGUCCGUUUCAUGCCAAACUUGCGUCGUCAAUUGAUCGUCAUGUUGCGCACAAUGGACAAUGUGGCCGUCUUCUUCGCCUUGCUCCUGCUCUUCAUUUUCAUAUUCAGCGUACUAGGCAUGUAUCUGUUUGGAGGUAAAUUUUGCAUGCGCGAGGACGGCUCCCGAUCUUGCACGUGCUCGGAGAUUCUCAACCGAGACCCCGGUUGCGUCUGCGACCGAAAACACUUCAACACUUUGCUUUGGGCUACUGUCACCGUCUUCCAGAUUUUGACCCAAGAAGAUUGGAAUGUCGUUCUAUUCAAUGGCAUGGAGAAGACAAGCCAUUGGGCAGCGCUUUAUUUCGUGGCGCUCAUGACAUUUGGCAACUAUGUCCUGUUCAAUCUCCUAGUCGCCAUUCUCGUCGAAGGCUUCUCCGCUGAGAGAACGGAGCGACUGGAACGUGAACAGCGUGAGCAGGCCAGACAGGAACGUCAUGCAGCAAGAGCUCUUGCCACGGCUGCGGCUUUGUCAAUCCAAGAUGAGGCAACAUCGGGUGGCUCUUGUCACGGGGAUCAGGAGACGGGUCCACCGGCACCUGAAAAUUGUUCGCCCGAUUCGCCGUCGUCUGCCGACGGUGUUGGGUGUCAUCAACAAGAGCUGCAGCACGACAACUAUUUCUCGAGAUCUUCGGUGACGGAGGAGAGUUGCAGUCCUGUCGGCUACUAUGCCAAUGACAUCGCGGUCGAAGACGUAUUGGUCUCCGUCGUCGAUAGCGCCCAGCUGGCCGACUUACUACUCGAGGAGGAACGCAAACAAGCCAAACUGGCACUAUUGGAAUCUCAACAACAGCGCCGACUCAAGGAGAAUUCGUACAAUGCCAUUCAGGAGCAACAGCGCCGUGAAUCUUUACACAGUAAGAGUCAUCACGAUUGCGCUAACAAUCCCAACCAUUACGAUCCAAAGUCAAACAUCGAACGAGAAACGAUCCUGUUCUGUCAGCCGCAGUCAUCUGUUGUUCCUCGAUCGGAAUUUCAAACGCGGACGACAAAUGGAUCGGAUAGAAUGGAAACGCAUCCGAGCGCAACUGCGUCGCAGCAUUUAUUGCUUCCGCCAACGACAGCUCCGAUCAUCACCCACACAGCCGCCACUCCGCAAGGAUCUCCAAAUGCCACGCUCGAUUCCAUUUGCAGUCACAGGGAAAGUGCGCCGUGCGUCAGACUAUCUCCGUUGAAGUCGGUCAAGUUAGUAGGCGUGUCUCCGCCACGUCGUACUUCGGUAGAAGGUUCUCCUUUACACGGAGAUACUGGUAUCAAUUUGGGACUCGAGACGUUGGGUUCGCCGUCUUUACUGCGAACGCCGAGCAACAGAUCCUGCGCUAGCUCCAGAUCGUCUAGACGAUCGAGUUUGAAUCCCAUCAUGCCCAGUCGAGGUAUUCUCAGCAGAAAGAGCAGCCUGGCUGCCCCCUCAGGGGGAGGAAUGGUAUCAUCGCCGGAAGAGUCAGCCGAUACCAAUUCAUUGUUGCCUUUAUCGUCCUCGGAGAUGCUGGGCGGCGGAAGUGGCGUCCUUCGCCAGGGCAGCAAGAAAUUGUGGAGGCGGCUGUCAUCGCGGGAUACGGCUGGCAUCCCCACUAAUGGAUCACAUGCUGAUCUGGAAGCUGAGCUGGAAGAGGACCACGCAUCCAACGCGGGCAAUUACAGCCUUCUAAACAACCUGAACAACCAACGACAACCGAGUUGCAGUAAUCAUGAUCGACUUGCCUGUAAUGGCAGCGCCCAACACGAUGGAAUUCACCAGCCAUUCACGCGGAAACCGAUUCUGUCUCAUCAGAAUUCUUUCGGCAGUCCGACAACAUUGAGUCCGCAGAAUUCUAUCCGCAGUAACGGCUCGUCGCCGCGGAGUCCAUCACCCGGAUUCAAUAACCUGGCGCCGAAUAACAACAACAACGGCAGUAAUUUGAAUUUCUCCAUCGGAGAAGGGCAAACGGGGGCCAACAGCACGACAACCAAAACAGAGGAGGAAGUGGUAGUGAAGAAACGGCUAAUUGUUCGCCUUUAUGAACGAUUCCCUCAACUCAAGAAGCGGGAAGACUACGCCCUCUUUAUUCUGUCGCCGGAAAAUUCCCUUCGGCGGUCAUGUAGUACGUUGGUGAGAAAGAGUUGGUUCGACCAUACAAUCCUGUUUUUCAUCGGAUUGAAUUGCGUCACGUUGGCCAUGGAACGGCCGCUCAUUCCACCCGAUUCGUUCGAGCGUGCCUUCCUCUCCGUGUCCAACUAUGUCUUCACUUUUGUCUUUGCCAUCGAAAUGAUUUUGAAAGUCAUGGCCGUCGGCAUGUUUUACGGCCCAAGUGCUUAUUUUGAUUCCGGAUGGAACAUCAUGGACGGUCUCCUCGUCAGCGUGUCCAUCGUUGAUAUUCUCAUGUCACUUUUGUCUAGCGGCAGUCCGCGCAUCUUUGGCAUACUCAGAGUCUUCCGGCUGCUGCGAUCCUUGAGGCCGUUGCGAGUCAUCAACCGAGCGCCCGGCUUGAAAUUGGUGGUGCAAACCUUACUAUCUUCUUUGAAACCCAUCGGAAACAUUGUGCUCAUUUGCUGCACUUUCUUCAUCAUCUUCGGAAUCCUCGGAGUCCAGUUAUUCAAAGGGAGUUUCUUCUACUGUGAGGGGCCCAACAUCCGUUCGGUCCGCAAUCGAACGGAUUGUUUGGCGGCGGAUCCUCGCAACAUGUGGGUCAAUCGCGCCUACAAUUUCGAUGACCUCGGACAGGCCCUAAUGGCCCUUUUCGUCCUUUCGUCCAAAGAUGGCUGGGUCAACAUUAUGUACACUGGGCUAGACGCCGUCGGUGUCGAUCAACAGCCGAUCGAGAAUUACAGCGAGUGGCGCUUAAUCUACUUCAUCUCGUUUCUGCUGUUGGUCGGUUUCUUUGUGCUCAACAUGUUCGUCGGUGUCGUCGUCGAGAAUUUCCAUCGUUGCCGUGAAGAACAGGAGAAGGAGGAGCGAGCUCGGCGGAUGGCGAAGCGGGCGCGCAAAAUGGAAAAAAAGCGCAGAAUUGGUACUGUAGUCGCACUCAAUGACGUCGUCAUCGAUGGCACUGACCCCGGACCUAAGCCCAGAGCCGUGAGAACGGAGAUGCGACGGCCUCCCUACUACACCAACUAUUCACGUUCGCGGCUAGUCAUUCACAAUGUGGUGACGUCUAAGUACUUUGACUUGGCCAUCGCCGCUGUUAUUGGUCUUAACGUCGUCACAAUGGCCAUGGAAUUUUACCUUAUGCCACCUGAACUGGAAUCGGCGCUGCGCAUUUUCAAUUAUUUCUUCACGGCCGUCUUCAUCAUCGAAUCCGUCUGCAAAGUCGUGGCCUUGGGAGUGCGACGGUACAUCAAGGAUCGCUGGAAUCAGCUAGACGUCGCCAUCGUCAUCCUGUCUAUCGUUGGCAUCGUUUUAGAGGAGAUGAAAUCCGAUUUAAUUCCAAUUAAUCCCACCAUCAUCCGCGUUAUGCGCGUUUUGCGGAUAGCCAGAGUGUUGAAGUUGCUGAAAAUGGCCAAAGGAAUCCGCUCUUUGCUGGACACAGUGAUGCAAGCACUUCCGCAAGUUGGCAACUUGGGACUCUUGUUCUACUUGCUAUUCUUCAUUUUUGCUGCCCUUGGAGUCGAAUUGUUUGGUCGUUUGGAAUGUGAUGACGACCAUCCGUGCCAGGGUCUUGGCGAACACGCCCACUUUGCAAACUUUGGCAUCGCUUUCUUGACAUUGUUCCGCGUGGCGACGGGCGACAACUGGAACGGCAUCAUGAAGGACACACUGCGUGAAAACUGCGACCCGUCGGCCGAUUGUAUCAGGAACUGCUGCGUAUCCCGCAUUAUCGCGCCCAUCUUUUUCGUCAUUUUUGUCCUGAUGGCUCAGUUUGUCCUGGUCAACGUCGUCGUCGCUGUUCUCAUGAAACACCUAGAAGAAUCGCACAAACAGAUGGAAGACGAUAUGGAAAUGGAGAUGGAAUUGGCCGAAGAAUUUGCACCUCUGCCGGCCGCUAACGACGAGACUGUUAAAGUAAACGACGAGCUUGAAGAGCUGGAACUGACUAACACCGCUGCAUCCUGAGUCUUUACCUUUAUCUCAUCGAACAAGUAGAAAAGUUUUUUUUUCUUUCUUUCAUCCUAGAGAGGUUAAAUUUUAAGAAAUCAGUCCAUUUGUUUUUUUCUUGUGAAACCGGAUGGGUAAAAUAGUUUCGUCUCGUCGACGGAUGUUUAUAGAAAUUGUGCGUCGUAUUGAGAAAAAAAAAACUUGUUCUGUAUUACCUGUUUCGAAAUGCAUCAGGUAUCGCACAGGAAUAGUUUUCACGUCCGUAUCUCCAUCUCGUCCUUCUUCGUUUCCCUCCUUUUUAGUUUCAAUCAAUUUUUUUCCAAAAGAUGAUUAUAAUCAUCGUUUGAUUUUUCUUUUUAAAUAUGGACAAGCACUUGAGCGCCUUCUCUCAUUCCUCCUUGUGUAAUCAACAUGUUAUCCUGCACCCUGCAGCUCCUUCCAUCCAAGACCAGCAACUUCGCUCUUUGAUUUCUUCCCUUUGCAAUUUUUUUUUUUCUCUUUUUUGACUCUCUCCCUUUACUUUUGUCAAAUUGAGAAACGAAAGAGUCUCACACACAUGAUCACCUGACCGUCUCACCAUAAUAUUGUGACUGUUUGCGUAGAGAGCAUUGUAUUUUCGACUUGUCGUCAACGGCGAAAUGAAAACCUCUUUGUUUUUUCAUUCGUUUUUCUCUCUAGUGUAAAGUGACCCUAACUAAACAUCGGAAACAUUUUUUUGUUAAAUAUAUAUAACUGUUUUCAUGAUAGUUUACUAUAUCGUUUAAAAAUGAAUCUUUCGGGAGGAUUGUAUUCGAGUUUAUAGCAAUACCUUAUGAUUAUUACUCACCUUACAUUUGAAGUGAACAGACGAAAAUGAUACACCCCCUACACCAGUACCGUAUACCCUCAAGCCCUCCCGAAUUCUGUACCAUUGUAUUCUCCUCUUACGUGAAUGCCCCUGUAAAAUGACGCUGUGUUACAACCGCAAAAUUUGUUUCCGUUUAAAUUUUUGUUUACUAUUUAGUUUUAAAGAAUUUUUACGUGGAAGAAAAAAAAUUGAUUCGAAAAAAAAGUUAAUUCAAAUGCGGAAUCUUGUGCGGUACCGUGUUUUAUUUUUAACGGUGAUCUUCUUGCCAAACCAUUCGUCCUGAUAAUCGACUUUACGUGGGUUUCGCUUUAUUUUACCAUAUUUAGUGUAAUCACGUUUCUGGCGUUUAAAUCGUUUGGCAUUUAUUUCGUCUCUGUUGUGGUACUUUUUUAUCGCAACAGGAAUGUGAAAAUGCCCUUUUCAGUGUUGACUGAAGAAAAAAAAAACCGGUCGUGACAUGAGUAA